ACCUGAGGAGUAAGUGGUAUCUGGUGGUGGACCGCCUCACGGUGCUCUUCCUCAAGUUCCUGCAGUACUUCCAGCAGCUGCAGCUGACCGUCUGGUGGCUCCUGGAGCUCCACAUCAUCAAGAUCGUCUCCUCCUACAUCAUCUGGGUCUCAGUCAAAGAGGUGUCUCUGUUCAACUACGUGUUCCUGGUGAGUUGGGCAUUCGCCCUGCCCUUCGGUCAGUUCAGGCCCCUGGCCUCCAGCGUCUGUACUGUCUGGACCUGUGUCAUCAUCGUCUGCAAGAUGCUCUACCAACUCACCUCUAUAAACCCCUCUACAUACUCAAAGAACUGCUCCAUGCCUCUGAACUACACCGAUAACCAGAGGAGUGAGAUGGCUCACUCCCUGCUCUACAGCGCCCCUGUGGACCCAGCCAACUGGGUGGGUCUCCGCAAGUUCUCCCCCCUACUGGAGAACCUGAGGAACAACCUGUUGAUUCUGGCUCUGCUGGCGUUCGAGGUGACCAUCUACCGCCACCAGGACCUGUACCGAAUGAGAAACAAGCUCACCACGCCCGUCACCAGAACCAUCUUCCACGAUAUCACCCGGCAACACCUCGACGACAGCAUCGUCAACGGUGCCAAGUACUUCAUCAACUACUUCUUCUACAAGUUUGGCCUGGAGACAUGCUUACUGUUGGCGGUGAACGUGAUUGGCCAGAGGAUGGACUUCUACGCCAUGCUCCACGCUUUCGGCCUGAUCGCAGUCAUCUACCAACGGCGACGGAAGGCCAUCGCUGACACCUGGCCCAAGUACUGUUGCUUCCUGGCCUGCAUGCUCACCUUCCAGUACUUCGUCUGCAUUGGCGUCCCCCCGGCCGCCUGCAAAGACUACCCAUGGAGGUUCCCCUCAUCCUCCACAGACUCCAACGUCAUCAAGUGGCUGUAUUUCCCUGACUUCCACACCAAGCCCAACCCAAUGUUCCUGCUCUAUGACUUCAUGCUGCUGCUGUGUGCCUCGCUGCAGAGACAGGUGUUUGAGGAGGAGAAGGAGGAAGCCGUGCGCCUCCUGGCCGGUGACAACAUGGAGAUCUGCAGGGACCUGGACUCCGCCUCCUUCAGUCAACACAACCCCGUCCCAGACUUCAUACACUGCAGAUCCUACCUGGACAUGCUGAAAGUGAUCAUGUUCAGCUACCUCUUCUGGUUCGUGCUCACCAUCAUCUUCAUCACGGGCACCACCCGCAUCUCCAUCUUCUGUAUGGGCUACCUGGUGGCCUGCUUCUACUUCCUGCUCUUUGGGGGUGACCUGCUGCUCAAGCCAAUCAAAAGCAUCCUGCACUACUGGGAUUUCCUGAUCGCCUACAACGUGUUUGUGAUCACCAUGAAGAACAUCCUGUCGAUACUGGCCUGUGGAUACAUAAAGUCCCUGGUCACCAACCACUGUUGGCUCAUUCAGCUCUUCAGCCUGGCCUGCACUAUAAAAGGCUAUUCUAAACCUGAGCAACAGGCCAACAAGCAUUGUGACUUGCCUAGCGACGAGGCAGGCAUCAUCUGGGACAGCAUCUGUUUUGCCUUCCUGUUGCUACAGCGACGCGUGUUCAUGAGCCACUACUUCCUACACGUGGUAGCCGACAUUCGCUCCUCACAGAUCCUCGCCUCCAGAGGGGCUGAGCUGUUCCAAAGCACCCUAGUGAAAGCUGUAAACGCCCGGAUCGAAGUGGAGAAGAGGUCCAUGGACCUGCUGAAGAGACAAAUGGACCGUAUCAAGAGUCGACAGCAGAAGUUCAAGAGGGGGAAGGAGAGGAUUUUGAGCUUGGUGCAGGAGAGCAGAGACGCAGGCCACGGACACAGCAAGGACGAGGAGGAGGAGGAUGAAGAUAAAGAAAGUAGCAGAGAGAAGAAAAUGCAACGGUGGUGGAGGCCGUGGGUGGACCAUGCAUCCAUGGUGAGAAGUGGUAACUAUUACCUGUUUGAGACGGACAGUGAAGAAGAGGAAGAGGAGGAUAAAAAUGAGGAAGAGCAGCCCAAGAAGUCUGCAUUUCAGUUUGUUUACCACGCCUGGAUGACCAAUUCCAAGACAGCCAUGAAGGAGCGCAGCAAGGAGAAACGCCGUUUCUGGAAGAAAUACACUGAAGGGAGCAGCAGCAAGUCAAGGACAGAGGACCCGGAGGAAGCAGUUCAUGUUCCUAUGGAAGAGGAGGACCAGGAGGAGAUGAAAACAGAUGCAUCAGACAACAUGCUGAAGCGAGUCUUCAACAUAGUCAAGUUCUCCUGGGUGUUGUUCCUGGCCAUGUUGGACAGUUUCACAGCCUGGAUCAACUCCAUGUGUCAGGAACACCUGGACAUCUCCACCGUGCUACGCAUCGAACGCUGUAUGCUCACGCACGAGGUUAACAAGGGGAACAAGCCUUCCCGGGAGAGCAUCCACGUGUACUACCGCAAGCAAAUGUGCAAGGCUGCGUCCAUUGAGUCGGGCCUGGAGAGAACCGAGGAGGAGAUGUGCCAGGACUGCAUCCCCCACAAGGCUGAGAGCUGUGUCUGUCUGGAGAGCCAAGAAUCUAUGGCGUCUCAUGAUAGCCUGUCCAGUGCGUACACAGAGAGCACACUGCUUUACUCCUGUCGCUCCACUCUGGACCACACUGACAUGGAUCCUGACAACGUACAGGUGCCCAAGACCAGCGAGCGUGCCCGUCCUAAACUCUGCAAGACGGAGGGGCUGGACCUAAAGUCCACCUCUUUAGCUGACAGCAGAGGCAGCCAGGCCAGUGAGCACAACCAGUGUACAGCCCUCUGUUCCCGCCAGGGGACCACCGACACCAUCGAGGGGACAGGAGAGGAGCCAGACCAGGACCUCCAAGACCCCCACUCCUCCUGCACUCAGACCCCAUCCACCUCCACCUCCAUGGGGCUGUACAUGGAACAUGAGGGGGUUCUUCUCUCCAGGUCCAGGGGUUUGGACUGGGACAGUAGGGACAGUGUCCCGGAUGUCAAACAGACAGGGUUGGAGAGAGGACCAUGCUACGCCCACCACAGUGAGCUCCAGCUCUACCAGGCAGACCUCCCCAGUACAGACACAGACAUCCCCCCCUCAUACAGCAGAGUGACAGGCCUGGACAGGGAGGGGGCCUCGUACAGCAGAGCUACAGGCUUGGUCAGGGAGGAGACUGAACGGGCCUCAACCAUUAGGGACCAUCAUAAGAAGAGGUUGGUUGUGGUGACGCCUGACGAGAAGUCUGAUUUUCUGUCGGGCGUCACGAGUGGCACGUUUCCCUCGCUCACCCACGAGCUGACAGCCAGCGAUCUGCUACGCAAUAGGAUGUUCUACGACGAGGAGUUGGAAGAUUCAGAGCGUUUCUAUGGCGAUCAGCCGGCCCUGCUGCAGCUGCUCUAUGCUCUGUACAACAUGCUGGUGGCCCACUCAGAGAUGGUGUGUUUCCUGGUCAUCAUCCUCAACCACAUGAUCUCAGCGUCCGUGGCCACGCUCGUCCUUCCCAUCUUCAUCUUCCUCUGGGCCAUGCUGUCUGUCCCGAGGCCCAGCAAACGCUUCUGGAUGACCGCCAUCGUCUACACAGAGGUCACCAUUGUGAUCAAGUACUUCUUCCAGUUUGGUUUCUUCCCCUUCAACCAGAACAUUGAGCUGGACAAGUCCAAACCCUUCCAUCCUCCCAACAUCAUCGGUGUGGAGAAGAGGGAGGGAUACGUGCACUAUGACCUGGUUCAGCUGCUAGCUCUGUUCUUCCACCGAUCAAUUCUCAAGUGUCACGGGCUGUGGGAUGAGGACAACCCCAGGGGAGGAGGGGGGGGAACCCCCAAGCAGCACCACCACGAGAGGGAGAAGAGGACCAGCUCCAGGCCAGUGGAGAAUCAGGCUGCGGAGGGCAGCAGCUCCCUGCUGGAGUCGGUCCGCAACCGCAUCCCCCGACAAUUCCACUCCAUGUCCACCUCCACCCCGCUGCGCCGCAAGAGCUCCAGCUCCGCCUCCCACCUUUCCCAGCGCACCGUGCGCUCCGCCCACUCCAAAGGAGAUAGUGUGAGCUCACGGCCCGGCCUGCGGAGAGGGCACAGCCUGCGGAGAGGGGACAGCCUGCGGAGAGGGGACAGCCUGCGGAGAGGGGACAGUGUGCUGAGUGUCCAGCACAGGAGCAAGAAGGAGAUGAUCCUGGAGAAACUCAGAGAGCAGCUCAUCAAAGCCAAGAGCUUCACUGUCAAAAAAACUCUGGAGAUCUACAUCCCUAUCCGUCAGUUCUUCUACAACCUGAUCCACCCAGAGUACAGUGCAGUGACAGACGUCUAUGUGCUGAUGUUCCUGGCCGACACAGUGGACUUUAUCAUCAUCGUCUUCGGCUUCUGGGCAUUUGGGAAACACUCUGCGGCAGCUGACAUCACUUCCUCCCUGUCGGAAGACCAGGUUCCCGAAGCCUUCCUGGUGAUGGUGCUGAUCCAGUUUGGCACCAUGAUCAUCGACCGAGCCCUCUACCUCCGCAAGACCGUCAUGGGAAAAGUCAUCUUCCAGGUCAUCCUGGUGUUCGGCAUCCACUUCUGGAUGUUCUUCAUCCUGCCUGGAGUCACAGAGAGACGGUUCAGUCAGAACACAGUGGCCCAGCUGUGGUACUUCGUCAAGUGCAUCUACUUUGGCCUGUCGGCCUAUCAGAUCCGUUGUGGCUACCCCACCCGCGUCCUGGGCAACUUCCUCACCAAGAGUUACAACUACCUCAAUCUUUUCCUCUUCCAAGGGUUCCGCCUGGUCCCGUUCCUGACGGAGCUGCGAGCGGUGAUGGACUGGGUGUGGACGGACACCACCCUCAGCCUGUCCAACUGGAUCUGUGUAGAGGACAUCUACGCCCAUAUCUUUGUCCUCAAGUGCUGGAGGAUGUCAGAGAAGCGGUACCCCCAGCCUCGCGGGCAGAAAAAGAAGAAGGUGGUGAAGUAUGGGAUGGGAGGUUUGAUCGUCAUGCUUCUUAUCUGCAUUGUUUGGUUCCCGCUGCUCUUCAUGUCACUGGUCAAGUCAGUGGCCGGGGUGGUCAACAAACCUCUGGACGUGUCGGUCACCAUUACCCUGGGAGGCUUUCAGCCCAUUUUCACUAUGAGUGCCCAGCAAAAUCAACUGAAGGACAUUAGCAAAGCAGAUUUUGCAGACUUCAUGAAUUCAUACAACUACAUUCCGUCAGCGAUGCAGUUCCUGGAGGCCUACACAUCAGCGGAUGUGGCUGUGGCGGAGCUGGAGGGCAGUUCCAACUCCCUGUGGACCAUCAGCCCCCCCAGCAGGAAGAACCUGAUGGACGUUCUCAGCAAGGAGGAAUACUUCCCUGUCACCAUGUCCUGGACCAUCCAGAGGAAUCUCAGUCUUGGAGCCAAAGCUGAAGUCGCGACAGAUAAACAUAUAACAUACCUUGAUAUGACAACGCGACAAGAGUUAAUAGAUCUGCUGAAUGGGACCAGAAACCAGGCUGUGGUGAUAGAGCAAGUCUUCCCAUGCUUCCUCAGGGCUCCCAGUGACUCCAAUGCCAAACCUAUAGAACAACUCUAUAAAGACAAUAGCUACAUGAACAUCCUGCUAGCCCUGGAGAGAACCCACAACAGCAGUGGAGAGAUCCAGGAGUGGUGGAUUGUAGACCAGCCGUCGGCGGGACAGAUCCAGAUGAGGGGUGCGGCAGUUGGGAAGAAGAGAGAAGCGGGCCUCCAGCUGUACGUGUUUAGUGACAAAGUCAGCCCGCCCAGUCUGGGCUUCCUGGCAGGAUAUGGGAUCAUGGGUCUCUACGCCUCGGUGGUGCUCGUCAUCGGAAAGUUUGUGCGCGAGUUCUUCAGCGGCAUCUCGCACUCCAUCAUGUUCGAGGAGCUGCCCGUCGUGGACCGCAUCUUGAAGCUGUGUACCGACAUCUUCCUGGUCAGAGAGACGGGCGAGCUGGAACUGGAGGAAGACCUGUAUGCCAAGCUCAUCUUCCUGUACCGAUCACCAGAGACUAUGAUCAAGUGGACCAGGGACCAGAAAACAAAGUGAGAGAGCCACCUAGUAGGCGACAGAGACAUGAAGUCUCAGAAUGAUAGAUUUCUAAAGAAAAGCACAAUCCAGCAGGAAGUUCCAAGCUAGCUUGUUGCGCUCCCUGUCUUUUGGUGUGACUGUGAUAAGAACCAUCUCCCUAUCGAGCCUACAGUGAAACAAUGUGACCUACACAUGAAAGGUGACUACAGAAGCAGUUUUUUGUUUGUACUCUUUAAGUGCAUCUCUAAAGAUUUGCAGCCAUCAGUCAGUCAGUGUGUUAGAUGACACAGACGCAGACGUCUGGCCCUUUUCCUAUUGGGAAACAUGAACCAUGGGUUGUGCAAUAUACUGUCCAGAUAGUUGGCUGUGAACUUGGACAGACAUGUUAUCUUGAGCUACACGGAAGAGAAGAGUGCAGCGACAGAGACACUAGCCACUUGUAUUGUCCAAGAUAUUUUCCCUUACAGUAGCCUACUGGAUGUGCUUUGACUUUUCCAGCAAGACAACAGCGAGAGGUUGUGACAUGGAAAACAAGUUUGUUGCCGUUAUUGUGAUGUUUCUGAAGAGUAAUCAAUGGAGCUGUCGUUCUCAGGAAAUGUAUAUCAUCACACCAGAACGGGAAUACGUAUUAUUUUGUUAAGACACCUAGGAGAAACUAAAAAGGGAAAACAGUGAUGUGAUGAACACUGAGUAUUUCUAUCAUAUCAUGGAUGUAUGUCCAUGUUCACAGAACCCCUGUGGUUUGAGAAUAGGAGGGCGUCAAUUCAGCCAUUCUUUUUUAAGCUUGUAACCUGUAUUGCUUGAAAAACCCUUUUUUAAAUGUUUAUUUACAUUGCUAAGUUCAUAUGGUCAACCAAAAUGUGAUCAAAUCCAUGCAAUACAAGGUGUAAGUGAAUAGAUUGUUUUCUUGUCAUGAGAAAGAAGAUACAUAAUGUCUGUGCACCUCCAUAGUGUAAGGAAUCCAGUUUGUGGUGUUAUUGUGGUUCAGCGACCUGAGCAUAAAGCACAUGUUUGAAAGCUGAA